AUGUCCCUGAAAUUUAACCCGGAUGACUCUUUGCUGAACUCGUCCUGGGCCACAGUCCUCCUGAGCGAACGAGAUGUAGCCGGUCAAGUCCCGAUUAACUUUGUUACCACCUCUGCCAUCUCUUUUCGGGCAGCCUGCUUCGGGGACAACGUGUUCGAGAGAUCCGCCGCCGAGAAAUGCCUCUCCAACCUGAUCGCCGUGGGCUACCGACGCUUCAACCUCGAUGUAUACUGGUCGACUGAGCUCCGGCGUUGGCUUCUCUGUCCGGUCUCGAUUCCACAAGAUGUUCGCAUAGUGACAGCCUCGCCGGAUGCGACUCCGACAUCUACUGCGGCAGUCUCAGAAGGUACCGUUACUGCGGAACCCGACGAGUCAUCGGACCGACUCCUCUACGAACUCGGUCCUUAUCAGUGCUCGGAUGACCUCGAUCUACCAGACUUGCUCGACAUCUUCCAGGAUUUCUUCAAAGACACCAAUUCUGAUCUAGUUAUAUACUUGAGAUACCUGUCUCUCAAUCUCCAUGUUGCAGCCGAUCCCACGUCCCCUAACGAACCGGCCUCGACUCUCACUGGCGCAGAGCUUCCGGUCGGUUCCGAGCGCGCGAGCCAUGUGUUGAAAGACAAACUCGGAUCCUAUAUUUACACGCCCUCGCAGCUAUUUGAAGACCGGCGUGAUUUGAAUGACUCGUGGUAUGGGGUUGAUGACGCGUAUAAGCCAAUUGUCCAGUACUUUACCAUAGAGCGAGACCUUGAAGGUGUGCAGAGCACGCCUGACGGUUGGCCGAAUCCGAAGUAUAUCCAACUGGCAGCUGAGCGACGACUGCUAGUUGAGUAUGGCUUGGUCGACCCGCAACUGGAUGACUAUGAUCUGUCCGCAGAGAACGAUGUUAUAUUUUCCCCUGGAUAUCUGACGUCCACGGUCCCUGUUUCCACAGCAGACGAUGGGAGUCUGGAUUCUGGCUGUAUAUACAACGCAGACGAAACCGACAUCGCGAGCGUCAACGCAUCCUGGGCUAUAUCAAGCCGGAUUCCACUCCCUAGAAAUCUCAGUGAUGCCCAGUCCCUCCGGUACAUUUCCGACCUUGUGAUAAACUUGACGGCGUGCGGAAUCACCUCAACACUUAACGACACUUUGUUCGGCGACACAGCCGACAACACCCCAGACCCCUACCGAAACCUCACACUUUCCUCCUCGUGGGCCUGGGCUGCCGGCCAACCCAUCGACCCAACCGCAAGCCGCGACUCUGCAUUCUCAGACGAUCUCCGCUGCGCGGUAAUGGAUCUCUCCGACGACGGCCACUGGCACACCGCAAACUGCAGCAUGGCCCGCCGCGCAGCCUGCCGCGUCGACGACCAACCCUUCCGCUGGACCCUCUCACGCGACCCGCUCUCCUACGCAGACGCCUUCAAAGAAGCCUGCCCAGACGAGGGAACCGCCUUCGCCGUGCCCCGCACAGGCCUCGAAAACACCUACCUCUACCGCACCCUUCUCUCGCAACCAAUCGAUCUGAUUGAUGCCGCCUCUGAGGACCCGCUCGUCCACGAAGUCUGGAUCGAUUUCAACUCCGUCGAUGUAGUCACUUGCUGGGUGACCGGGGGUCCCGACGCGACGUGUCCGUAUACCUCGGACCCGGACCAGCUGGAACGCCGGACCGUCCUCGUCGCUGCUAUCGCGGGUAUUGUUAUUUGUAUAAUCGCCGCGCUGACGCUCUUCGUCAAAUGUAACGCCAAUAGACGAAACUCCAGAAGGAAUCGGAGAAUUAUUCAGGGGUGGGAGUAUGAAGGCGUGCCUUCUUAG